CAAGAUUUCUGUAAAAUUGAUCAUGCAUAUUCAAUCUCUGUGAUUUGUUUUAGCGGUCUUACUACCGAAGUUCGCUCAAACUUUACCGACCCACCUGCGCAAAAGAAAACACAAUUGUUCGACUGCCCAGUUGCUAGACCGUUACACAGACGAGGUGAGUGAAAAUAUCUUAAAAUCUUCAAAAUAGCAGAAACGUAUAAAAUGGAAUCUCCUUUAGGAUUUUAAAAUUUCUUCAAUUUGAGAUGUUCUUCAACUGAAGAGUGGGGUUUUUUGUGUGAAAUAUUUGUACAUUUCUUGAAUAACUUUUGCAUGAAUCAUUCGGAUUCUUGUACACGAACACGUACACGUACAGGCUUCAAUUGAAAGAUUGUAAGCCAUAUUUGAAACAUUUUGAAAGGAACAUAGGAGAAGAACCCUUUUAGGUAAAUCGUUGAUUCUGAAAAUCUUCUGGUUGGACGAAUCAAAACGGCAGGUUACAUUAUUUCGUGUCUAAAUUACGGAAAGCUUUCUGGAAAUGAUAAUUAAAACGACCCUAAGGAACGUGCUUGCCAGUUUCUCGGACGUUGAAACAGGACCACAAACCAGUGAAUUACUCAACUGAAAUAUCAGCUGAAAAAAUUUGAUUUUACUCAGUUAUGACUGCUCUUUGUUGUUUAACGCCGUUUGUUACGCCGACUCGUCUUUAUACUAGACGAUUUUAAUUCAACGUCUGAGACGAUAUAUUAUUGUCUGUAAGAUCAUUUUGCAAACGCUGUUAGCUCAACACGUUACAGGGUGCGAUAAUCCGCGCAAUUACGAAUUUUAUUAUUACGGUCCAGUACUUCUCUUUGUUUUCAGCCACGUACAGCACCACGUAGGUUCGCGGAACUCUUGCUAUAUGACAUUAUUUGUGUACUUACUUUUUGAUGGUAUACCACAUGACCUUUCCAAGCCCAAGGUAUUCAAUACCGUAUUUAAUUGUUAUAUCAUGUGUCUGAGAUGUCUUGGCAUGACACAUGAUUGGACUGAUGGCACUAAGAAACGUUGGAGUCGAUUGUUUGUACCGAGUAUAUGCAACUGUGCUUGUUUUUCUACCUCGUAGUCUGAACAUACUUUUCAGAAACCUGUACUUUUAUGAACCUUAUUUUAAUGCCUAAGUACACAUUGAGUAGUGAGUACUGACUGAGUUUGUACACUGUGGUUUGUACUAGCGCAAGUACGCGACAACAACCAUUGGCAUAUACCAUAAUCAUUAUGCAAUUAUCGCACCCUGACAUGCAUUAUUGUCGUCUGACAAUAAUGUCGUCUAUCUAAUUAACUGUAUUUCCACUAGACAUUAAUGUCGUCUGAAGACGAUAUUAUCGUCUCUGGUAUAAAAACGAUCAAUGAUAUAACUGACAUAAAUAUUAAUAUAUUCUUUCUUAUUGUGUUUCAGAAGCUGGAAAUGAAGAAAUAUUUUCCGUUCCCAAUAUGUACGAAACCGAAUAUCAAUUUAUUGGACAAAAAAGACCAGCCAUGGUUGCUUGA